CAAUGGCGGCAUACAUCAAACUAAGUUCUGUUGCUGUUCUAAUUUAUUGUGCAUCUGUUGUCAGCUGUAUACUUAUAAAGUCGAAAAACAUUCAGAAGGAGAUUUUUAAAUCAUACGAAGUGGACUAUAAUUACAAAACAGAGUAUUUCACACAAAAGGUUGAUCACUUUGGUUUUGUAAACAAAGACACGUACAAGCAAAGAUACCUCAUAGCAGACCAGUUCUGGAACAAAAAUGGAGGACCAAUUUUCUUCUACACGGGGAAUGAGGGAGACAUUACAUUGUUCUGCAAUAAUACAGGCUUCAUGUGGGAUAUUGCACCAGAAUUUAAAGCCAUGAUCAUAUUUGCUGAGCACAGAUAUUAUGGUGCAUCUGUUCCUUAUGGAAAGUCUGCUUUUGAGGAUCCAGCCAAAAUGAACUAUCUGACAUCAGAGCAGGCCCUGGCAGAUUACGCUGUUCUCAUCCGACACCUGAAGUCUACUAUACCAGGGUCUGCGAGCAGCAAAGUCAUAGCAUUUGGUGGCUCAUAUGGAGGGAUGCUAGCAGCAUGGUUUAGAAUGAAAUAUCCAAAUGUUGUUCAGGGGUCUUUAGCUGCGUCGGCCCCUAUCUGGACUUUCUUGGCAGAUGCUGACUGUGACGCCUUUGAUUACACUGUCACUGAGACCUUCAGGAAAUCCUCUCAAGCCUGCGUAGAUAACUUCAGAGCAUUAUGGAAAACACUUGACACCUCAGCUUCACAAACUGCAGGUCUCUCAAAACUAACAGAAAUGUUCCACCUCUGUAAACCUCUGAAGAGUGUAGAGGAAGUGGGUGCUCUGAAGGGCUGGAUACAGUCUGCCCUUGUCUAUCUGGCCAUGGUGGAUUAUCCUUAUCCAUCCAGCUUUCUGGCUCCUCUACCAGCCUGGCCUGUCAUGGCAGCCUGCCAUCCCAUGUCUACUCCACUGAGUGGGGACAAUUUGAUCAGGGGGGCAGUGAAGGCAAUGAAUGUUUACUUUAACUAUACAGGGACCACACCCUGUUUUGAUAUCACAGGUCAAGCCACACCGAAUCUUGGAACCUCAGGUUGGGACUACCAGUCUUGCACAGAAAUGGUGGCACCUAGUUGCUCCAAUGGUAAGACAGACAUGUUUGAGAAAUCUGCCUGGGACUUCAAUGCCUACACAAAGGGUUGUGUCAAAAACUGGAAAGUUAAGCCAGACAUUAACUGGUUAGAAACACAAUACUGGGGCAAAAACUUGUCUUCCACAUCCAACAUCAUAUUUAGCAAUGGUUUGUUGGAUCCUUGGUCCUCAGGAGGAGUUCUAAAAUCUCAGUCAGAUUCCGUUGUUGCCAUAGUGAUCCCUAACGGGGCUCAUCAUCUCGAUCUGAGAGGUUCAAACAAAGCUGAUACACCAGACGUUAUCUCGGCUCGAAACAUGGAAAAAAAGUACAUAACACUUACCUGCACUUUGGGCUGGGUUGAUUCCUAUUCCAUCAUUAGUAAUGAUGGCACUAGUGGCAGGAGGACCAUCGCUUUUGAAACAAAAAAAUUAUCUCAGCCACUUAAACAAGACAUUUUAAAGCUGAAGGAGCCGGUGAGGGAACCGAGUGAAGCCAGAAUAAGACAUGCAGACGAAGAGGAGGAUGAAUUUGACAUAAAAUGUGGCGAUCUACCCACUGUCCAUUGCGGUCACUACACGGGCACUGGCCAUGAGAUGGGACAGACAUGGCACUUACAAUGUGACCCCGGAUGUUACUUAGUCGGAUCAGGGGAAAUAACCUGUUUAGGUGUUCCGGACCCCUUUCACCAUGUGGCAAUAUGGGAUCAUAUGCAAGGAAUGUCCAAAUGCGAGAAAAAUCCAAUCGACACAAGACAUGAUCCCCAGUAUCUUGUGAGUUCUGGAGGCGUAAAGGAAACACCAGUAUUGGAAACCGAAUCGGAAGACAGCGUCUGUUUACAACCGAAGAAAACAGGCCCCUGUAAGGCAAGGAUGGAACGAUACUACUACAAUGUCAAGAACAAGGAGUGCGAAAAGUUCAUUUAUGGCGGAUGUCAGCGAAAUGACAACAAUUUCAAAACUCUGGAGGAGUGCGAAGAUAAAUGUAAAAACUGAAACGGCGAUCUGGAUUAUUAAAAUGUUCUCUCUCACUGUACUUUUUCAUUUGAAAAUUGGACGAUUUAUACAAUACCCUCAACUGGGGUUCACAACUGCAUUAAGUAUGACGAUUUUCAUAAAAUUGAGGAAGACACAUUUUUAAAAACAAACUUUCUGAUAAGAUGUGAGAUUUUCCUUUUGAAUUUCCUAAAUUAAUAUACAGAAAAGCUUAUUUUAACUUGUCCAUUUUUUCCUAUUUUCAUUAGAAAUAUAUACAAUGACUUAUCUUAUUACAAAAAAAACCUCCAAAAUUUCUUAUACUGGGUGAGGCAAUACUAGCAAUGCAUUUGAUAUUAGUUUUGAAUUGUAAUUUGAAGUAGAAUUUGCUACAAGAUUACAAAUAGUAAGGAGGUAUACAUACGUUAAUUUUGAAACGAUUGUACGAUAUAUAUGGGUUUGUUAAUUCCUCGAUUGUAAAAGUUGUUCGACAUUCACGCAAGCGCACGACCUCUUUCCUGGCAUUUCCUGUUGUCUUCUUGCACCUGAUUAGCAGACGACAAAACACAGCGAAUGGUCAGUAAAUGACUUCCACUUUGUGGACUUAUUUUGUUGUUCAUAGUUUAUGUUGUUGAAGCCUUUGUUAUGUAACUUAUGAAAUAAAUAUCGACACCUAAAACUGAGGGUGUUACAUUUUUUCACCA